CAUCGUCAGAUCGAAAAAACUGCCAGAUUGCAACUUUCCAAACACACAAACUCCAUGGCGAAAACCGAGUUAAUCGACUCGCAUGUUUCUGUCAAGCAAUGUACAAAAGCUGUACAUGCGCUGCACGCAUAUGCAUCACAAAAACAGAAGGAGCAGGAGGAAAACGAUCUUCUACCAUCCAACGAGUUAUAUGUGUGGCUGCAAAUCACAGUGAAGCGGAUGCACCCCGAGCACAAGAUCAAACCAUUCAAAAUCCCACUCAAGCAUCCCCUCGUCGAUCCACGGGUUUCGCCUGUCUGUCUAAUCACCAAAGACCCGCAACGAGAGUACAAAGACCUCCUCGAGUCACAUAACAUCAAAUUUAUAUCAAGAGUUGUCGGCAUCACAAAACUCAAGGGGAAAUUCAAGUCCUAUGAAGCCAGGCGAAUGUUACUGAAAGAGAACGGAAUGUUCUUGGCAGAUGACCGUGUAAUACCUCUAUUGCCGGGCUUAUUAGGAAAGAAGUGGUUUGAUGCAAAAAAACAGCCUAUUCCGGUCUGCUUGACACGCAAAGACCUUAAGGGUGAAUUAGAACGAGCCAUCGAGUCAACUUACAUGCAUCAGAACAGAGGAACGUGCACGUCUGUCAAGAUUGGACUACUGUCACACUCGCCAGAAAAAAUCCUCGACAACCUCAAAAUAUCUCUCCCUGCUGUCGUGAAAAAUAUCAAGGGCAACUGGGACAACGUUCAGAGUCUUCAAAUCAAGACAAAUUCGAGUAUCAGUUUACCGAUAUGGACAUGCGAACUCGGAGAUGCAAAUGGUGGUCGCUGGGAUGGUAUGGUCAAAUCUGAGGAUGCACCUGUAGAGAGUGGGUCUGAUGGAGACUCCGAUUCCAAUGAAAUGGAUUCGGAGGAACAUGUGCCAGAAGUGCCAGCGAGCAAGGGCAAAAGCAAGAGCGCGGGGAAACCCUUGAAUGAGAAUUUCGAGACGUCGGUUACGCCGAAGGAGGUGAAACAAAAACGGAGCGCCGAAGGAGGAGAGAAGAAGAAAGCGAAGAUCGUGAAAGGUGGCCCAGCGAAGAGUGCGAAGGGAGCUCUCAUUGGCAAAAAGCCAGGUCGACCAUGAUUCGCUCCUGCAUGUCGUUGCGCAGAUAGUUAUGUAUUGCUGGUGUUUCGCGAUUGGUUGUUCAGGUGCUGCAAUGCUCCGAGAUUUUGCCAAUAGGCAUACUGCCAGUUACCGAAACGCCGUCGUGUAUUCUUUCUCAAUAGGUAUCUAUGUGACUUGCAAUAGCGUUUUAGCGGCUCUGUGGGGGUGAAUAUUACC